AAAGCCCGUGGACUUGGGCUUUGUCCCCACUAUGGCCAACUGCUUAGGCUGGUUAGGGCGAGCGUCCUUCCCAGUUUGGGCAGUGGCAUCAAUCACAGUCUUGCCCUUGUCCUUAGACCCCUUUGGAGUCUCGGGCGUACGGAGAGGGCUUUUGCCCUUUCCCUUUGGGUCCCUCCUGCCGUUGGAGGGCCCUGGCUGCGCGGCGCGAUGACGCUGCGGAAGCGUGGGCCGUGGCUUAUUGCCACUAAUGUAGCAAUCAGCCGCAAUGUGACCCACGUGGCUGCACAAAUUGCAGAACGCGGGGAUCUUCUCAUAGAUCACCCGCUGAACAAAGGACUCGGAGCCCUGUUCAAUCUCGAUCUCAUGGACGAGCUCCGCUCUGAGAUCUAUCUCGACACAGAAUCGCGCCACGCUAACCCUCGUCUGAAGGGCCGUGUGGGCGUCAAUACGAAUCGGCUGCCCAAUACACUUAGCAA